ACAGGCGGAGCAGCUCGAGGAUGGAGCAGAGGGACCGGGGAGCAUCCGCCUCAGUUCUCAUGCCCAAAACAUCGCCUUCCGCGCGAGAGGAUUCGCCUUCAUUCCACGCGCAGAGUUUGGAUUCCGCUCGCGUUCAUUCGCGUCCUCUCUUCGUCGCUGACAGCAGCCGCGCGUCGGUCCUCUUCCGCCGUCUGACUGCGAACGCGGCGCCGGUUCUGGCUUUUAUGUCCCAUUGAAAUUCUACUGGUGGGGGGUAAAAAAAUAAAAACAACCCAGUGUGAUACAUUUCACGCGAGGUUUCACACAUUCAGCUGGACUGCAAAGUCGCUCUUUCAAUCGAAAUGGAUGAAGACAAUCAUGUCCCUGAGGAUCUGUCCCUGGAGGAGAGGGAUGAGCUGUCCAGCAUCCGGCAGAGGAAGAGGGAGCUGCUCGAUGACAUUGAGAGGCUGAAAUUUGAGAUCGCAGAAGUCAUGACAGAGAUUGAACAGCUGACGUGUGUCGGGGAAAGCAAAACGUCCCAGAGGAACAAGCAGAUCGCCAUGGGCAGGAAGAAAUUCAACAUGGAUCCCAAAAAGGGAAUCCAGUUCCUGCUGGAGAACGACCUGCUCCAGAACACUCCGGAAGACAUCGCCCAGUUCCUCUACAAAGGCGAGGGCCUCAACAAGACCGUUAUUGGGGACUACUUGGGCGAGCGGGAUGACUUCAACAUCAAGGUGCUUCAGGCUUUUGUGGAGUUGCAUGAGUUCGCCGACCUGAACCUCGUCCAAGCUCUACGGCAGUUCCUGUGGAGUUUCCGUCUGCCAGGUGAAGCCCAGAAGAUCGACCGCAUGAUGGAGGCGUUUGCCUCGCGCUACUGCCAGUGCAACCCUGGAGUCUUCCAGUCCACAGAUACCUGCUAUGUGCUGUCAUUCGCUAUCAUCAUGUUGAACACCAGUCUACACAAUCCAAACGUCAGAGACAAGCCCCCUGUCGAGCGUUUCAUCUCCAUGAACAGGGGAAUCAAUGAAGGAGGCGAUCUGCCGGAGGAGCUUCUCAGGAAUCUUUAUGACAGCAUCAAAAAUGAGCCCUUCAAAAUCCCAGAGGACGACGGGAACGACCUGACACACACAUUCUUCAACCCGGACAGAGAGGGCUGGCUCUUAAAGCUGGGCGGCAGAGUCAAAACGUGGAAGAGAAGAUGGUUCAUCCUAACCGACAACUGCCUCUACUACUUUGAAUACACAACAGAUAAAGAGCCUCGCGGGAUUAUUCCCCUUGAAAACCUCAGCAUUAGAGAGGUGGACGAGCCCCGGAAACCAAACUGCUUUGAGCUCUACAAUCCCAGCCACAAAGGUCAGGUCAUCAAGGCCUGCAAGACGGAGGCAGACGGGCGGGUGGUGGAGGGCAACCACGUGGUGUACAGGAUAUCGGCCCCGACCCCAGAGGAGAAAGAGGAGUGGAUCAAGUCCAUCAAGGCGAGCAUCAGCAGGGACCCUUUCUACGACAUGCUGGCCACCAGGAAGAGGAGGAUAGCCAACAAGAAAUGAUGACUGAAUAUCUGGGACUGAGAGUCAUUGUGUGUCUGUCUGUGUGUGUGCGUGUGUGUGUGUGCGUGUGUGUGUGUGUGUGUGUGUGUGUGUGUGUGUGUGUGUGUGUGUGUGUGUGUGUGUGUGUGUUUUUCUACGGAAGUUGUGAAGGUCUCCCACUUAGUGAUUUCAGGGCUGAGGGACAAGCACAGGCGCAAUGGAUUCUGGGUCAUUUCUGGCCCUGGACUGUUUGCAUCUCAAGUCUUUUCUGAUGCUAAAGUGAGGAAGAGGAGAGAAAGUGCUAAUGAACUCUUCACCGAGCUGAGUUACAGCGAAGAACAGCAGCAGAAGAGACGGUUUUAAUAAGGGAGCUUUUACUCUACAAAGCUUGGGAAAGACUGCCCUCUGCUGGACUCCUAUGGAACUCAACAUACUUCACCUUAAUGCAGUGCCUUGCAAAUGUUUCCCUAGAGCUUUUUCACAUUUUUUGUACUCUAUUUUAUGUGACAGACUAACACAAAGUAGUGCAAAAUGGUAAUAAUUCCAGGUUUUUUAUUAUUUUUACUGAUAAUCUGAAAAAUUAAGCAUGCAGUUGAAUUUAGCCAUGCAGUCUAAUUGUGCUCUACCAGCUUUGCACUGGUCUGAAACUGUUGCCCAUUCUUCUUUGUGAAACAGUUGAAGGGUAGUCAGAUUGAAUAGAGAGUGUUUCAGAACAUCGGCCUUAAAAAUAACAGCAUUUUAUGGCCAUUAAAGAAAAAGAAAGGAGUAAGUUUCUGCCAGAAACUUGCAAUGUUUUAAUCAAAAAUCUUCUAGAAAAAACAAGAAAAUUUCUGAGCUCCAAAAGUUUAACAUUUUUGGAAAGAAAUGUUUAGGUUAAUCUGCAGACAUUUUCUGGAAAAAAAUACCUGAACAUCUCUGAGUUUGAAUAGUUAAAAAAAUUCAAGUUUUACAACUUGAAAAUUUCAGCUUUUUGAAAUUCAGAAAUUUCUAGAUUUUUCUACAAACAUCUUUAAAUUUUUAAGACUUAAUUUUAAAAUCACUUAAGCCCAAUUUUUUUUUUGUCAAUUUUUGCGGAAAAUUUGUAAAACCCAACAAUCAUGCAUUAACGGAUUAAAAAUAGUGUGUACUUGCUGAUUUUGAGUGAAUUUCUGCUAUUGUGAAAUUCCCAAAAAACUGGAAGGACUGCUUCAUUCUCGUCUUAUGGAUUUUCUUACACUUUCUUGCAGGUGUUAUAACCUCAUUCAUCCUUUCUGUCUUCAAUGAAAGCACUACCAUACCAUGAUACUACCUCCACCAUGUUACACAAUUCGAAUGAGUUUUGAUGAGACUAAACUCAAAUGAACCCCAUGUUUUAAAUUGCACAAAUCAUGAACUACUUUGUGUUUGUCUAUCUCAGUAAAGCAAACAAAAUAAAAAUGUAAGAAAGUUCUAGAGAAUUGAAUAUAUAUAUAGAUAUAUAUAUAUUUGCAAGACACUGGAUAGAGAAGAAAAUUCCAAAUCCGUUGCCAUCUCCUACAACCUUCCUGUUAUCCAGGUGGAGGUACCUACUGGUACUCACAUCCACCUCGUCUCACUGCCAACAGGUGACAAUGUUUUACAGUGAACUCCUGAAAGCCUCAAGGUCAUCAGUCAGCUGGUCUCGCUGGUAGCCUUCAAAUGACUGUAUUAUGCAAUUCUUCUGAUUUAUUCUGUAAAUGUACUCACAUGUACUGUAAAUUAUAGUGCACCCAGGUAAGUUCAUGUGUCGCGGCACAGAAAUGGAAACACGGCUGUAUAGAGUUUAUUACAGUGGCUGUAGCUUUUAAAAGUUCUGAGUCAGGUUCCUGGAAGGACUCUGUGUUCAUCUUUCUCACUAGUUUCCAAUCUUUUGUAUUUACUUUCUCGUCUCACCCUUCAGUUAGUGUAUAUACAAUACAAUGUACAGCUGUUUCCUUCGUAUGUUUAUCUAGUAUCGGUCAUGUCAUUCAACGCUUUAGGCUACAGUAGAAGAAGAAGGACCUUUUCUUGCUUCCUAGUGGAGAAACCAAGAGUCCACACUCUCAAUGAUGAGAAACAAAUAAAUGGUGCUGAAUUGAAGAAAGGAAUGUCACUGUUUUGGCGGUUCAUUCCAUUGAGUCUAGUGGAGCAGUUGCGUUUGUUAUGGUUGUGUGUUGCUUUGGGGAAACCACCUUCAGCUGCUUUGAUGUACAAUCUGAAUAAAAAAGUGACAAACUC